GAACGCCAAAGCCCAAACCUGUCGGCUGUCAUCAAAAAUCUUCCAUUUUGAAUUUGACCGUCUUAUUGCGCUGACGAUUCACAAUGGCGGACGCAGCUCCAGCCGGUGGACGCGGCGGUUUCCGCGGUGGCUUUGGAUCUCGUGGUGGUGACCGCGGUCGCGGGGGCCUGAGAGGCCGUGGUCGUGGUCGCGGCCGCGGGCGUGGGCGCGGCAAGGAGGACCAGAAGGAGUGGGUGCCGGUCACCAAACUCGGCCGCCUGGUUCGCGAGGGAAAGAUCGACAAGCUCGAGAGCAUCUAUCUGUUCUCGCUGCCGAUCAAGGAGUUCGAAAUCAUCGAUUUCUUCCUCGGCGCGGCCCUCAACGAUGAGGUGCUGAAGAUCAUGCCUGUCCAGAAGCAGACACGUGCCGGUCAGCGUACCCGUUUCAAGGCCUUUGUUGCUAUCGGUGAUAACAACGGCCACAUCGGUCUGGGUGUGAAGUGCAGCAAGGAAGUCGCUACAGCCAUCCGUGGUGCCAUCAUCCUGGCCAAGCUGUCCGUGCUGCCCGUGCGCAGAGGUUACUGGGGUAACAUGAUCGGCAAACCCCACACUGUGCCUUGCAAGGUCACCGGUAAGUGUGGUUCUGUCACCGUGCGUCUGAUCCCUGCACCCCGUGGUACUGGUAUUGUGUCUGCCCCGGUCCCCAAGAAGCUGCUUCAGAUGGCUGGAGUCCAGGAUUGCUACACAUCAGCCCGUGGUUCCACUGGUACCCUUGGAAACUUCGCCAAGGCUACCUACGCUGCUAUUGCCAAGACCUAUGCAUACCUGACUCCAGACUUGUGGAGGGACAUCCCACUUACCAAGUCACCCUACUCUGAAUUCAAAGUUUAAUUUCAAUAUUAAUAAAUGUUGAUGACUUA